UGUCAGGACGUCUGGACCCACCACUGCAACAUGACCAGGAAACUCCAAAACCCGAGUCUGGAAGACGGCAAGAGAACAAGGGUUCUGAAACCAGUCGUGGAAAAAAAGAGAAGAGACCGAAUAAAUCAAAGUCUGGCUGAACUGAGGAGUUUGCUGUUGAAUCAUACGUCUGAUCCCCGGCUGCAGAACCCUAAAAUAGAGAAAGCAGAGAUCCUGGACUUGGCUGUGGAGUAUGUUCAGAAGCUGACAGGUGGGAAGACGCUGAGAAAGGACUCUACUGACGGUCACGUGAAGACUCCUGUGGUGAGCCUUCAUCGUCCAGAGUCCAGUGCUCCUUCUCUUUUUGCCAUGGAGAGUGCAGGCUUUCAGCAGUGUGUGGCCCAGCUGAGCAGCUACAUGCACAAAAUCCCUCCAGCCCAGAGGACCAAGCUGCUCGAGGGGUUAAAACAUCACACAGAGAGCCAGCAGCCAAACACCAUGAACCCAGACUCCAACCACAGACUGACUGACACUGACACGGCCAAAGGACCACAUGGAAUAUGCGUGGAUGCCAUUUGCACAUCUGAGAGGAAGUUCCCAUCUUGCUCCCCAUUUCAGCCUCACUCUUGCUCCACACCGUGUCACGACUACCUGUCCCCUCCUCCCUCUCCCUGGCUCUCUCCUUCUUUUUCCACAUAUGUCGCCUCUCCUCCUUUCCCGUCAUUUACCUCUCACUUCUCCUUCCCCCCCAGUCUGUCACCUCUGUCUUCCAACACCUCCUUCUUUAGUUUCUCGCCGCCAGCUCCUCACACUGGCCCUCCUGGCCUCCACUGCCCCCCUCUCCUCACACUGAGGUCCCCUACCCACCCCGCACAGAGGGAGGGGUCGCCAACAAACUCUUCUUCACAGAUGUGGAGACCUUGGUUUUGAUGAGGUGGGGUCAGAGACUGAAACUGAGAUCAGCAGAGCCACCCAGUGGGAACCAGCUGUAAUCGUCUGUGGAGAGGAUGA